AUGCUUGUCGAGUAUCGAUUAUCUAUGGAGCCUGAGUUGGACAAUCAUCUACAACUACAUACGCGCCGAUCAAUAAUCGAUCCGUUCGGUGAUUUGGUCGAUCGAAUAGUGUUUGCCGCGAAUGGAAGUGUGCUCUACAUUCGUCUACUACUACGGCUCGUGGAAACAGGCCGAUUACCCUUGAGAUACCUGAUGCAGACAAAUUUACCCACGGACGAUCUUGAACUCUAUGGAUUAAUCAUGGAGCUGACAUUCACUUCUCCGGCGACAUUCGCCCGAGUUGUGCCAGUAUUGGAUGUGUUUCUGGCGUCACUUCGCCCACUCGAUCGUAGCACACUCCUGUCAGUAUUCAAUUCCUCCGAAAUCGGAUGUACCAAUGAUGGAUUUGCAGUUGGAUGA